GCCUCUGCAACCCGGCCUACCGCCAGCUUGCGGGCCCGGGUUGGCUGAGAACAGCCCUUUUCGUUCAGCCAGGCCGCCUCCAACCGCAGCCCGGGAGCUGCAGCUUGUGCCCUGAGGUGCCUGCGGGAACAGGGCAGCCAUGUCUGCAGCAGAGGCGGCUCUGCCCCAGCUGCCGCAGUUCCAGCAGCAGCAGGCAGAGGUACAGCACCAGCAGCAGCAGCAGGCACAGGCGGAGCCCAAGGCGGCGCCCUUGGAGGAGGAGGACCCCAAGGCGGCGCUCCUCAAGGGCUUGGACGACAGCAGCGAUGAGUGCCUCUUCAGCUGCAACAUCUGCUACGACCUGGCGUCCGAGCCCGUGGUGACGCUGUGCGGCCACCUCUACUGCUGGCCGUGCCUCUACCGCUGGCUUCAAGUACAGAGCCACUGCCGGACGUGCCCGGUGUGCAAGGCGGGAGUGGAGAAGGACAAGGUCAUCCCCAUCUAUGGCCGCGGAGGCAACGAGGACCCGCGGUCCAAGAGCAAGGGCGACCUGGAGGCGGUGCCGCAGCGGCCCGCGGGGCAGCGCCCCGCGCCGGUCGUGCGCAACCCCAUGCUGCAGCCCAACCUGAACGUCAACGCGCAGCAGAGCGGCCUGGGCAUCAUCCCCACCCUCUUCGGCCUGCAGAACGGCAACGGCAACGGCGGCUAUGCAGAGCCGUUGACCCCUGAGCAGCAGCACCAGGCAUUCCUGUCCCGCCUGCUGCUCAUGCUAGGCUCUUUCGUCAUCAUGUGUUUGUUGCUGUUCUGACCUCGCUUGGGACGAUGCCUGGCGCUGGAGCCACGGCCGCUCCCAAGUGCUGCGCUGCCGUGCAGCGAGCGCCCCAGUUUUCCCAUUCCGUUUGGCUUGGGCAGCUGCUGCUGCCCCCCCCUUGAUCUGUACCGCGGGCAUCUGUACCGCGGGCACACUCCGCGCCAGGGUGCCACACAGGCGGGCGGCAGCAGCCGCUGCGCAUGCCGCUGCUGCCUCCCGCUGCCCCCCGUCCAUCGCUACCAGCGUCUUCACUUCAUUGUAGCGCAGCUGUUCGUGCUGCGGCAGUUCUUCCCUCAGACCCCCCAGUCUUUUCCCGAUCAAAUCUUCCUCCCCUGCGAAUGUACUACCGUCCCGCUGUCCUCUUCCCGUCCCCUAGCUCCUAAAGCGAAAAAAAACCUGUGGCCUCAGCGUGCGGGCUUGAAUCCUAUGCAAACAAUUGCAAUCAAUGCCGCCCUUGCCCCGCAUGCCCUGUGCUUUUUGUGCGCGCCGCACCUGCCCACAAUGCGCCAUGCAUGAUUUCAGCCCCUCAUCAGCUCAUUCAUUGUGGCGCCAGCCUGUCAUAGUGCCAUAACCCUUAUCUGUGCCACUGCCACUACUGUAAGCCUUGUUGCAUCA